AUGGAGGGCAAUGACCCCGUAGACCAACGCUUCCGCAUCGAAGCUACUGCUACGGUCGCGAUCGCCUUGCUAACUUCCAUACCGGCCCUGAGGGACCUGUUUGGCCUCAAUCCACGAUCCACCUCCCAAUUGAAAGAUGGUGCCUAUAAGGAUCGAGACGGUGAAAGCACGCACGAAGAUGUGGAUAACUUUUCCAACGUAGUCCCCAAGACUGCUCUCCUUGUGUUCUCCAUCUUUGGACUCGCGAGCUCCCUCUACAUCUCUGUCGUCGACAUACUGUUUGGUCGCCCGAUGUCGAAGCUCGCCAGAGCGAAGAAGGAUCUAGAAAUUGAGGACUUCCCAGCCCUGAGCUUUGCAAACCGGAGUGCGGACUUGUCAGCGGUCUGGGCUGCGUUCCCGACACAAUCUCGGCUAUGGAAGUCCAUCAUCCGGCGCUAUUCUGGCCUCACUAUUUCCAUCUUCGCCGACGGCGCGAUCGAAUCCUGGCUGUAUUGGCUUAGCAACUCCGAGAUCUCACUCCCCAUUCGUAGCCAGCUCUCUGCUUUGAUCUUCGAAAAGUCUAUGCGCCGAAAGAAUGUCAAGACCGCCACUGGGCCCGAAAAAGAAGAAGAGGAUAAGAAAGAUGGGAAGAAGAAGAGUGACUCCGGUGAUGAGAAUGAGGAGCCUACCGAGACGACGCCCCUCAUCGGGGGAUUCUACCUCAUUAAUUCUGUUACGAAAGGAAUUGUCGCCAUUACUCUUUUGAUGUACCUUCUCGGAUGGAUCCCCGUCGCUGCUGGCGUUAUGUCGGGUCUCCUUCUCGUCCCAAUCAACAACCGAUUCUCCAAGAUGUACGGGAGAGCCCAGGAACGCAUGAUGAAGGCGCGGGAUGAACAGCUUCAAGUGGUGAAUGAGGCCCUGCUGGGCGCUCGGCAGAUCAAGUUUUCUGCUCUUGAAGAUGGCUGGGAGAAGAAGCUGAUGGCCGUGAGGGAAAAGGUAUUGAGGACGAUUUGGGAUGCUUUCCUCGCCGACACCGCACUCGUCGGCUGUUGGAUCAUUGCCCCUCUUGUAUCCUCUGCGACGGCGCUCAGUACCUAUGCUAUCCUAAAUGACGGGCUAACCCCUAGUGUUGCAUUUGUCGGUGUCGCCGUAUUUAGGAGUUUAGAGUCCGCCCUCUCCAUGAUCCCCGAACUUAUUUCCGAAUUCUUCGACUCCUGGAUCUCCAUGAGCCGAAUUGAAAAGUAUCUACAAGGACCCGAACUGCAGCAGACCGUCGAGGAGGGGACUGACAUUAGUUUCGAAAACGCCUCUAUUGCCUGGCCGGUCGAUGAAGAAGUAGACGAAGCUGACCGAUUCGUUCUUCGGGACCUUGACCUGACGUUUCCGUCUGGCGAGUUGUCUGUGAUCUCUGGAAAAACAGGAAGCGGCAAGAGCCUGAUCCUCUCCGCGAUCAUUGGCGAGGUAGACCUUCUCGCAGGAAAGAUUCGCGCCCCGCUGGCGCCACUAAUAUCCGAGAGGUUCGACAAUAAGGCUACCCCAGACAGUUGGAUCAUUCCGAGCGCCAAGGCCUACGUUGCCCAGAUCCCGUGGAUCGAGAAUGCCUCCUUGAGACACAAUGUUUUGUUUGGGUUGCCAUACGACGAGCAGCGCUACAACGCCACCAUUGAUGCCUGUGCCCUACGCAAGGAUUUGGAGAUACUAACGGAUGGCGACAUGACGGAGCUCGGUUCGAAUGGCGUCAAUCUUAGCGGUGGCCAGAAAUGGCGUGUUACGCUUGCUCGAGCCAUCUACUCUCGCGCCGGUAUCUUGAUUCUCGACGACAUUUUCUCCGCUGUUGACGCUCACGUUGGCCGCCACAUCUACGAGCAGUGCUUGACGGGCGACUUGUGUCGCGGCCGUACCCGCAUCCUCGUUACCCAUCACAUCGCCCUCUGCCAGCCCAGGACAAAGUUUGUUGUGGAGCUUGGGGACGGCUCUGCCCGGUACUCUGGGUUUGUCGAGGAUCUACAGCACGAUGGCACGUUGGAUCUGAUCAAGCAGCACGAGGAGGCCCAAGUAAAGUCAGACGAGCAAGAGGUGGAACGACGACUUGAAGACUUGGACGGCGACGGAGGGCCCCUGGCCAAAGUAGCUUCAAAGGCAAAACCCACACCAAAGCAGUUUGUCGAAGAUGAGAAGAAAGAAAAGGGUUCCGUCAAAUUGAACGUCUACCACACGUACCUCACGUCGAGCGGUGGAUACUUCCUCUGGGGUUUCGGGAUAUCCAUGUUCCUUUUGUCGUCCGUCUUGUCGGUUGGCCGCUCGUACUGGCUGAAGAUCUGGACGAGCCCCAACGAUGAGGAGGCGUAUCACUACAACGAAUACUCUGCCUGGAUCGACGCCCAGUCCAGCAACGAAACCGUCUCCGCCACUGCCGGAAAAGACUACAGCCUCCGCUUUUAUCUCGGCGUUUACAUCAGCAUAUCCGCUACUCAGGGAAUAAUCAGCACGUUCACCGCCGACUUCAACACCAUUGAUACUUCCCUCGCAAGGAAUGCCAUGUCUGUGGCUAACGCUGGACUCAAUGUGAUUGCCAUCUGCGUCGCUACGAAUAUCGGCACUUGGUAUCUUUUUGCCCCUGCCAUCUUCCUCAGCAUGGUCUGUGUCCAGCUGGCGAAGCGAUAUCUUGCCGCAGCACGCCCGACGAAGCGCCUGGAAAGCAACAACAAGUCGCCCAUGUUUGAACUUUACGGCUCUGCGCUCUCUGGCGUAAGCUCCAUUCGAGCGUUCGGCAACGGCACGUCAUACAUUGAAAAGAUGUACGGCCGAGUCGACAACUACAUUGUCACGACGUACUAUAUCAGCAGCCACAAUCGAUGGCUCAACUUUUGGAUGAUGGUCGUCGGAACCAUCUUCACGGGCAUAGCUGCCACCCUCGUUCUGCUGACCGACGGCAUGACUGCUGCGCUCGCCGGCUUCACCAUUUCCUUCUCCCUGGACUUUAUCAACUCCAUGAACUGGCUCAUUAGGACCUACGGAAAUAUUGAGUUGGAUAUGAAUGCUGCGGAGCGUGUCAUGGAAUAUAUCGCGCUCGAGACGGAGGAUCUCGGCGGUGAACAUCCACCCGCGGCGUGGCCAACUGAAGGAAAAGUGGAGGUCCAGGACCUCGUGGUCGGCUAUGCAGAUGAUCUCCCAGCCGUCCUCAAAGGCAUCAGCUUCACCGUGAAUAAGCAGGAAAGAGUUGGUGUGGUGGGCCGUACGGGUGCGGGCAAGUCUUCGCUGACCUUGGCGUUGUUCCGAUUCCUAGAGCCCCGAUCAGGAAAGGUUAUUAUCGAUGGCUUGGAUAUCACCAAGCUCAACCUAAAGGAUCUUCGAUCGCGCCUAGCCAUUAUUCCACAGGAUCCCGUGCUAUUCUCAGGCACAGUUAGAUCAAACCUCGAUCCCUUUGAUGAUUAUACGGAUGCAGAACUCCGUGAUUGUCUCGAGCGGGUGCAUCUGAUCUCCUCUUCGACCCCGGGCACCGCCACGCCCUCUAGCUCGGCCAACACGGCCGCCGGCCCGGCCAACGCCAACAUUUUUGAGAACCUCACAAGCCCCAUCUCCGAAGGAGGCGGUAACCUCUCUCAGGGCCAACGCCAGCUUUUGUGCCUCGCCCGAGCUAUUGUUGCGCGGCCGAGGGUCAUGGUCCUCGACGAGGCCACCUCCGCUGUUGACAUGCACACCGACGGUCUUAUUCAGCGCUCGAUUCGCGAGCAGUUUAGUGAUAGCACGCUCAUCGUCAUCGCUCACCGCCUGUCGACCAUUGCUGACUUUGACAAGAUCCUCGUACUAAGCGACGGGGAGGUUGCCGAGUAUGGUACUCCGGCCGAGCUGUGGGAGAAGGAGGACGGAAUCUUUAGAAGCAUGUGCGAGCAGAGCGGCGAAAAGGAGAGGCUGAGGGAUAUUGUCCAGGGAAAGGAGUAA